AUGAAGACCACCGCUGGAUUGCUCGCUCUGGCAGCGGCUGCUAAGAUGGCCAACGCCCACGCCACCGUCUUCGCCGUCUGGAUUAACGGCGAGGACCAGGGCCUGGGUAACACCGAUUCUGGCUACAUCCGUUCUCCCCCCAGCAACUCCCCCGUCACCGAUGUCACCUCCACCGACAUGACCUGCAACGUCAACGGUGACAAGGCCGCCGCGAAGACCAUCUCCGUCAAGUCGGGCGACAAGGUCACCUUCGAGUGGCACCACAGCAGCCGUGAUGCCAGCGACGACAUCAUCGCCUCGUCCCACGAGGGUCCAGUCAUGACCUACAUCGCCCCCACCAAGAAGGGCGCCGCCGGCUCCGGCUGGGUUAAGCUCGCCGAGGAGGGCUACGACAAGUCCUCCGACAAGUGGGCCGUCGACAACCUGAUUGCCAACAAGGGCAAGCACUCCGUCACCAUCCCCGACCUCGAGGCCGGCGAGUACCUGCUCCGUCCCGAGAUCAUUGCCCUCCACGAGGGUAACCGCGAGGGCGGUGCUCAGUUCUACAUGGAGUGUGUCCAGGUCAAGAUCACCUCCGACGGCUCCAAGACCCUCCCCGCCGGUGUCUCUAUCCCCGGUGCCUACAAGGCCGACGACAAGGGUAUCCUCUUCGACAUGUACAGCGACUUCGACUCGUACCCCAUCCCCGGCCCCGCCGUCUGGGACGGUGCCUCCUCCGGCUCCUCCGGCUCGGGCUCUUCGUCCGCUGCUGCCGCCUCCACCACCGCCCCCGCCGCCGUCUCGACCACCGCUGCCGCUGCCACCACCCAGGAGGCCGCUAUCACCGCUGCCCCCACCACCCAGGAGGCCGUCGUGACCGCCGCCCCUGCCCCCGUUGAGUCCUCGUCCGCCCCUGAGGUCCCUGCCCCUGCCCCCAGCAGCUUCACCACGUCCGUCCGCGCCACCACCUCCUCCGCUGCUCCCUCCAGCUCCGGUGCCCCCGGCGCCGGCUCCGGCAAGAUCUACCAGCAGUGCGGUGGUCUUAACUUCACCGGCUCCACCGGCUGCGACAGCGGCCUGAUCUGCAAGAAGUGGAACCCCUACUACCACCAGUGCAUUCAGGCUUAA